GUUGACUGUUGUUAGUCGCAGCCGUGGAAGCUAACGUCGACAUGCGUAUCCGUAUGGUUUCUCGAUGCAAUGGCCAACACCUUAUCCUUGUCUAGCUGAAUUAUGUGAGUCAAUGCUCGGCAACAGCCUAUCGCUAGUUUGAUCGCCGCAACCAUUUUUGGAAUGGCCGGUGGGGUUUCGGGAUGUUCAGUCUUUGUGCAAGGGAUUCCGUCAAAGCUGCCUGCCGGAAUGAACUUUUUGAUUGAGUGAACCCACACUUCUGCCUAAGUCUUUCGCGAUACAGCAUUUCAGGGGCUCACAAGCAGCCAACACUUGGAUAUAUAACCAUUUAUCUGUGGACUGUGCAACAGUAAUAAUAUCUCAUCGAGCCAUUCUCGCCAUUACUACAUCGUUCAUCCUUCCACGUACCAGUCUGCGCUAUGGCCAAUCAAGCCUUCAGAGACCCCAUGCCUCUCACAUCUGACGAGGAGGAAUUCAUGAAGCAUGAGCACAAGCGUGUCAAGUUGACUGACGAGCAACAAGAAGCCUUCGACAGUUGGGCUGGCCCGAAAGACCCCGACGUUUCCGAUGCGAAAUAUUGGAUUGAAAGGAACACCGAGCUUGAUUUCAAUGCCUUUUCAUUUGGGUACCUCAACCUCAUCAUCAAACAGGCGGUGUGGAGAUACCACCACCGCGAAUUCAAGACCCUGGAACAAUUGGUCGUCAAACGUCCUGGAGCCGGUCUUAACCUUGGACAUAUGCCCAGCCUGAAAGAGAGAUUUCCGGUCUUGUUCUUGGGUGAAUGGGAGGCCGUCACGCUUCUCGUCCGCGAAUGUUGUAUGCUGAGGGUUGUCAAUGAAUUGUCUGAUAAACCUCAGUGGUGGCUCAAGGUUAAAGACGACAGUAUUGUUGCAAAGUGGAAAUUGGAGGCUUUGGAAAUCGACUGGGCGUCGUACAUCGAGCAUGCUCACUUCACUCCUUCUAUGGCCGAUGCGUGCAUCAGUGAAUUACGCAAGAAAGCGGAAGUAUAUGAACAGACAGGACUGAUGCCGGUCUACGAUUACUGCACUGCGAUUAUCAAGUCUGACAGCAUCUUGACCCCCGAGUUCGUCAUGUCUAUUCGAGACGCCGUCAAGUCACUUGAGGAUAUUCCUUCAGAUUGCAAAGACUGGCACCCUAACAGUAACGAUCAAGUCUUGGAUCUGGUCCACCCCUCACUCUGGCCCUUGGUAUACGGUAGUUCUAAGAUGCUUCAUGACCGCACAAUUGGUGUCCAUGACGCGCUUGACCACUGCGGCAUGGGUACGACAAUACGCCAGCCGACAAAGGUGGAGGCUACACUAUCUUCCAACACUUCUUGGAGCAGUACUUCGAGAAACAAGGUGUUGAGUAGGGAGUUUCAAUGGCUGCCUUGUGAUGUGGACCUCAAUCGAAUCAACGGAAAAGCCAAAAUUGCAAGCUACAUCAACAACCUCCAUCCUGUAGAGCAGGCCCACCUCUAUCCAAUCAUCGAGCAGCUCAUCGAAAAGUCUUUGCCAGCUUGGGAUCUCAUCUACAACUGGGAGGAUAAGUUCGCGGUGCAGCGUCUCGUGACAUCCAAUGUACAGAAGCCAAUGUGCCCUUGUCCGCACAUCUGCGGUCGACGCCGGGAAUGCAGGGCGCAGGCACGUCCUCUUGCUGAGAACGAAGCCCCGCGAAAUCGAAAGGAUCCAGAACGCAACGCUCGAGACAAGGCCUGGUUUAGAGAGACGCAUGGCCCUCUACUUCCUGACGCUGAACCCGAGGCGAAAGACUACGUCAAGUUCACUGCUGCCGACAUCAAAAGCAGUGGCUUCUUUGGAGGCAAAGACCGCUGUCAGGUCAUUGUCAAGUUAGCCAAUAUCCAUCUCACGCCCGAAAACCCCACAUACGAAGGUGGCUCGUGGCAUACUGAAGGUCUCCUGAACGAGCACAUUGUCAGCACAGCACUAUUCUACUACGAUUGUGACAACAUCACCGAUUGUACUCUCAACUUCCGAACAUGUGCCAACAGAGAAGAACUUGACGAUUCUGACUCACGAACCUCCCUCGACUAUGAGCAGUACGACUGGUGGAGCAUCAAGCAGGCAUUCGCAAUCGAGCCCCGUGGCCACACGCUUCAGAAUGUUGGAUCGGUACAUACGAGAGGCGGCCGGGCACUGUUCUUCCCUAACCUCCUCCAACACCAAGUCUCCCCCUUCAAGUUGGCAGAUCCCUCGAAGCCUGGUCAUAGAAAAAUUGUAGCCCUUUUCCUCGUCGACCCAGCCAUUCCUGUCAUCAGUACAUCAAUCGUGCCGCCUCAACAGAAGCACUGGUGGCCCACCGAGCCUAAGAUCGAAUCACUUCUCGCCCCAGCACCAGAUGAUCAGGGGGUGAUCCAGUGGGAAACGGCGCAGAAAGAGUGGGCUAACUCUGAAGACGCAUGGUUGAAAGCUCGGGAAAAUUGGGAGCAGGCUAUCAGUAGAGAUAAGUGGCCCAUCGGAAUGGAAGAUGCCAAGGAGCUGAGAAAGGAGCUGAUGGCUGAAAGAACAUGGAUGAAAGAGAAGGAGGCUGGCUGGCUCAAGACGGAAUGGAACUUUUGCGAACAUUAGCUUUAUGCUCUUGAUUUCCGAGAAAAAUUUGACAUCUCAUUAUAGUUAGAACAUACUUACUUAGUACCUUUGCUUCAUUCAUCAUGUACCUAGUCACAUAGGUAGUACCGACCAGAUUUUCGAGUCUUUGGUCCCCUGUUCUUAGGCGACGCGACGACUACCCCUGUAAUUCUUAAAUAGUCUCUCAAGAUAGAUAAAAUUCCAGUUUGGCUC